AUGGUGGGCAUGAGCCGCCGGCCCCCCUACCUUCCCCAGGCUUGCACCCGAUUCCCAGGAAAUGCGGCCGCGGCAUCAGGACGGCGUAUACACAGAGAGGUGGGGCGACACGUCGGCCACAUACAGCCUGCCGCCCGCGACAUGCAGGUCGUUGAGCUUGCGGCCAUGGCCGACCACGUGUGGGAUGGGGGUGUGCACCAGCAGGCGGCCGUCGUUCCCGCCUGA